UUAAGGACUGUGCUUGGUAGACAUUCCGGGAAAGAAGUAACCAGUUUCGUCAUCUGUGUGUUAAACGGUCACUUCCAUGGUCGGACUGUGUGCCAAGUCUUUAGUUCUGACAACCGAACUGUCUAUUCAGAUGUGCUAAAGUCAUUAACACUUGUCAUUUAAUGAUUAUUGACUUUCAGUGAUUUAUCGGAUGAAAGAUCGAACUCGUGUCUGUGUGAUUGACUGACAAUGAGAGGAUUCUUUGUCCGUGGGCUGGAGAUGAAUGAAUGAACCUAAGUUUGUGUAUGUCUUAUGAAAUCUUAAAAUCUAAAUUUCACUUAGGAUUUAACUGCUUAAGGGAGAGCCACGGAGGAGAGCUCCACUCCCGACACGUCCGCGCCUGACCCCCCUCGGCUACCCGGCGUGAUGAGUCUCGCGUGCCUGGUCUUCCUUAGGCGCCGCCUAUAUCUGCUGCCUCUAAUCACCGCACUCUGGAUCAUCAUGGCUUUCUUCAUAUCGUACGGCAUCUCCAUUAAGAGCGGCUCUGUGAAACCAAAUGAUUUCCCCUACAUCAGCUAUACUGCAAUAGAGGCACCUGAACGAUGUGUUUUCGGACAACUCAUCAACAUAGGCGCCGUUCUAUUGGGUAUGAAUGUGUGGGUGAGGUACCUCUUCGUGAAGGAAAUCUUUCUGAAAAGGAAGGUCCAGGAUGCUGCAAGAUGGCAGAAAGUGAACAUCGCUGGAAUCAUCCUAGGAUUUCUGUCUGCCUUGGGAAUCAGCAUGGUUGCCAACUUCCAGACUGUUGUUCAAAGAGGACCACACUACGUGGGGGCUGGCCUCGCCUUUGGCCUCGGUCUAGCCUACUGUUGGUUGCAAACUCGAUUGUCGUGGAAGCUACGCAGUGAAAAGUACGGGAACCGAACUGUAGCGAUGUAUCAGCUAGUCAACAGCAUAGCACUCUCCGUGUUCUUACUUUUAUUUUCUAUUACAAAAAUAAUCUACAAGGUCAACGAAGCCAAAGACUUACAGAAAGGACUGGUGGACACAAAAUUUACAUCUCUACGAGGAGUGUAUCUAGCGUCGACGAUCUCAGAAUGGCUAGUGGCGACAUCUGUCCUCACGUUCGCCCUCACCUUUAUGUGGGACUUCCGGGCCCUCGUCAUGGAAACGCCUCGUGUCAACGUCAAUUUCAACAUGAUUGAGGUAGAAGUUAAAGUUACUGCAGAUAAAGAAAAGGAAAGUAGUGAUGAUACAAACAUGAAUAACAUCAGUGUUAAAGUAGUGUGAUCAUAUCAAGCCUCUCAGAAUGCAGGGGACAAUAUUCACAGCAUUAUGCCAAACCUGUUCUGAGGACACAGUCCAAAAACAUGGAUAUUUCACAUAAAACUCAGCAUAACUUACCCUUAAGGGAAGCUCAAGAAUGUGGAAUCUCUCGAAGAAGAAAAACAUUGAGGAAAGUGUUGAGAAACAUUCACUUCAAUAUAUAAAACCAGGGUACUGGAGGAGACAAAUUAUUCAAAGAAAAAUAAAGUGAGACAGACAGCAGAGCAAAAGAUAAUGGAAAAUAAUUGCAGUAGAACUCUCAUCAAUGCAAGAGAGAGAGAGAGAGAGAGAGAGAGAGAAAGUGAGAGAGGGGAAUUACUUUUGUAAAUUAAAUGUUUGUGACAGCAUAAGUGCUUAUCCACCAUUUUCAUUUAUUACACAGAAUUAAAAGUUUAUAUAUAAAUGCAUGGUAAAUUAUACUGUAUACCAUAAGCUUUAAUUU